AUACACGUAAAAGGUAUGUGUAACUAGUUAACACCUUCAUAUACGGAACGGAUGUCUUUUAUUGAGAUCACGUCUGCUUAGUAUGUGGUUUCAUUCCAUGCCAUCCAAUAGCAAUUAGAAGCUUCUUUAUGUUGAUAGCAGCUAUUUUCCUGCUGGUCAACUCACUCCUGCUCUCGAAUAUAUCAUUGUCUUUCCAGUCACACUUACAACAGAGACCAGUUACAAAUGCUAACAGUUGCGUAUUUUUUUAUGCAGGAUGUUUAUUGGCCUUGUUUGAUAGCCUCUGGCUAAAUUACGGUGUUGCCGAUACUUUUAGAUACGAGUGGUGUCCUAUCUCAUGAUACCGACAAUUUCAGGGUAUGAUGACUAUUAACUGCUCAAGAACAAAGAAGGAAUCCAUCUUUGAGCUUGCCAGCCUUGACUGUAGAUUGGCAGGUCAAUGUCCGAUUCCAACAUAUCCUUUGAUACAAUAAAAAAAAAUUGCCCCCCA